AUGGCGGGGCCGCGGCCCAACCCGUGGGCCAGGCUGCUGCUGGCAGCCCUGCUGAGCGCCAGCGUCCCCGGGGACAUGGCCAACCGCUGCCGCAAGGCCCAGGUGAAGAGCUGCACCGAGUGCAUCCGUGUGGACAAGGACUGCGCCUACUGCACCGACCAGGAGUUCAAGGACCGGCGCUGCAACACGCAGACGGAGCUGCUGGCCGCGGGCUGCCGGCCGGAGAGCGUGGUGGUCAUGGAGGGCAGCUUCGAGAUCACGGAGGAGACCCAGAUCGACACCACCCAGCGCCGCAGCCAGGUGUGGCCCCAGGCGCUGCAGGCCCGGCUGCGGCCGGGCGAGGAGCGGCUCUUGGAGCUGGAGGUGUUCGAGCCGCUGGAGAGCCCCGUGGACCUGUACAUCCUCAUGGACUUCUCCAACUCCAUGUCCGACGACCUGGACAACCUCAAGCAGAUGGGGGAGCACCUGGCCCGGGUCCUGAGCCUGCUCACCAGCGACUACACCAUUGGAUUCGGCAAGUUUGUGGACAAGGUCAGCGUCCCUCAGACGGACAUGCGGCCGGAGAAGCUGAAGGAGCCCUGGCCCAACAGCGACGCCCCCUUCUCCUUCAAGAACGUCAUCAGCCUCACGCACGACGUGGGCGAGUUCCGGAGGAAGCUGCAGCAGGAGCGCAUCUCGGGCAACCUGGACGCCCCCGAGGGCGGCUUCGACGCCAUCCUGCAGACGGCCGUGUGCACGAGGGACAUUGGCUGGCGCCCUGACAGCACCCACCUGCUGGUGUUCUCCACCGAGUCCGCCUUCCACUACGAGGCCGACGGCGCCAACGUGCUGGCCGGCAUCAUGAGCCGGAACGACGAGGAGUGCCACCUGGAUGCCACAGGCACCUACACCCAGUACCGGGCCCAGGACUACCCGUCGGUGCCCACGCUGGUGCGCCUGCUAGCCAAGCACAACAUCAUCCCCAUCUUCGCCGUCACCAACUACUCCUACAGCUACUACGAGAAGCUGCACCGCUAUUUCCCCGUGUCCUCGCUGGGCGUGCUGCAGGAGGACUCGUCCAACAUCGUGGAGCUGCUGCAGGAGGCCUUCAACCGCAUUCACUCCAACCUGGACAUCCGGGCCCUGGACAGCCCCCGCGGCCUGCGGACCGAGGUCACCUCCAAGAUGUUCCAGAAGACGGAGACUGGGUCCUUUCACAUCCGGCGAGGAGAGGUGGGCACCUACCAAGUCCAGCUGCGGGCCAUCGAGGACGUGGACGGGACGCACGUGUGCCAGCUGCCCGAGCAGGACCGCAAGGGCAAUAUCCACCUGAAGCCGUCCUUCUCUGACGGCCUCCGGAUGGACGUGGGCAUCAUCUGCGACCUGUGCGCCUGCGAGCUGCAAAGAGAGGCGGGCUCCCCUCGGUGCAGCGGCCACGGAGACUUCAUGUGCGGACACUGCGUGUGCAACGAGGGCUGGAGCGGCAAGACCUGCAGCUGCUCCACGGGCUCGCUGAGCGACAUCCAGCCGUGCCUGCGGGAGGGCGAGGACAAGCCGUGCUCCGGGCGCGGCGAGUGCCAGUGCGGGCGUUGCGUGUGCUAUGGCGACGGCCGCUACGAGGGCCAGUUCUGCGAGUUCGACAACUUCCAGUGCCCGCGCACCUCCGGCUUCCUCUGCAACGACAGGGGCCGCUGCUCCAUGGGCCGGUGUGAGUGUGAGCCCGGGUGGACGGGCCCGAGCUGUGACUGCCCGCUCAGCAAUGCCACCUGCAUCGACAGCAGCGGGGGCAUCUGCAACGGGCGUGGCCACUGCGAGUGUGGCCGGUGCCACUGCAGCCAGCAGUCCCUCUACACAGACACCAUCUGCGAGAUCAACUACUCGGCGGUCCGCCUGGGCCUCUGCGAGGACCUGCGCUCCUGCGUGCAGUGCCAGGCCUGGGGCACGGGCGAGAAGAAGGGCCGCACCUGUGAGGAGUGCAGCUUCAAGGUCAAGAUGGUGGACGAGCUGAAGAACGCGGAGGAGGUGGUGGAGCGCUGCUCCUUCCGGGACGAGGACGACGACUGUAACUACAGCUACACCGUGGAGGGCGACGGCUCGCCCGGGCCCAACAGCACGGUGCUGGUGCACAGGAAGAAGGACUGCCCUCCCGGCUCCUUCUGGUGGCUCAUCCCCCUGCUCAUCUUCCUGCUGCUGCUCCUGGCGCUGCUGCUGCUGCUCUGCUGGAAGUACUGUGCCUGCUGCAAGGCAUGUCUGGCACUGCUCCCUUGCUGCAACCGAGGCCACAUUGUGGGCUUUAAGGAGGACCACUACCUGCUGCGAGAGAGCCUCAUGGCCUCCGACCACCUGGACACGCCCAUGCUGCGCAGCGGCAACUUCAAGGGCAUCGACCGGGUGCGCUGGAAGGUCACCAACAACGUGCAGCGGCCCGGCUUCGCCAGCCACGCGGCCAGCACCAACCCCACGGAGCUGGUGCCCUACGGGCUGUCCCUGCGCCUCGCCCGCCUGUGCACGGAGAACCUGCUGAAGCCGGACACGCGCGAGUGCGGCCAGCUGCGCCGGGAGGUGGAGGAGAACCUGAACGAGGUGUACAGGCAGAUCGCCGGCUCGCACAAGCUCCAGCAGACCAAGUUCCGGCAGCAGCCCAACGCCGGCAAGAAGCAGGACCACACCAUCGUGGACACGGUGCUGAUGGCGCCCCGCUCGGCCAAGCAGGCCCUGCUCAAGCUGACGGAGAAGCACGUGGCCCAGCGGGCCUUCCACGAGCUCAAGGUGGCGCCCGGGUACUACACCCUCACCGCGGACCAGGACGCCCGGGGCAUGGUGGAGCUCCAGGAGGGCGUGGAGCUGGUGGACGUCCGGGUGCCGCUCUUCAUCCGGCCGGAGGACGAUGACGAGAAGCAGCUGCUGGUGGAGGCGCUCAACGUGCCCAUGGGCACCGCCACCCUGGGCCGCCGCCUGGUGAACAUCACCGUCAUCAAGGAGCAAGCCAACGGCAUAGUGUCCUUCGAGCACCCCGAGCACCUGGUCAGCGUCGGGGAGCAAGUGGCCCGCGUGCCCGUCGUCCGGCACAUCCUGGACAACGGCAAGUCCCAGGUGUCCUUCCGCACCCAGGACAGCACGGCGCAGGCCCACCGGGACUACGUCCCGGCCGAGGGCGAGCUGCUGUUCCUGCCCGGGGAGACCUGGAAGGAGCUGCAGGUGAAGCUGCUGGAGCCGCAGGAGGUGGACUCGCUGCUGCGGACCCGCCAGGCCCGCCGCUUCCACAUCCAGCUCAGCAACCCCAAGUUCGGGGCGCGCCUGGGCCAGCCGCACGCGGCCACCGUGGUCAUCGGGGAGCGAGACGAGCUGGACCUGACCUUCCAGAACCAGACGCAGUCUGCGUUCCCAGUCCCCCACGGCGCCCUGGGCGCCCCGCAGAACCCCAAUGCCAAAGCCGCCGGGUCUCGGAAGAUCCACUUCAACUGGCUGCCGCCUCCUGGCAAACCAACAGGGUACCGGGUGAGGUACUGGGUCCAGGGGGACUCCGAGUCCGAAGCCCACGUGCUCGAGAGCAAGGUGCCCUCGGUGGAGCUCACCAACCUGUACCCAUACUGCGACUAUGAGAUGAAGGUGUGCGCCUUCGGCACGCAGGGCGAGGGCCCCUACAGCCCCCUGGUGUCCUGCCGCACCCACCAGGAAGUACCCAGCGAGCCAGGGCGGCUGGCUUUCAACGUCGUCUCCUCCACGGUGACCCAGCUGAGCUGGGCCGAGCCCGCCGAGACCAACGGAGAGAUCACCGCCUACGAGGUCUGCUACGGCCUGGUCAACGAGGACAACCGACCCAUCGGGCCCAUGAAGAAGGUGCUGGUGGACACCCCCAAGAAGCGGAUGCUGCUCAUCGAGAACCUGCGUGAGAACCAGCCGUACCGCUACACCGUGAAGGCGCGCAACGGGGCGGGCUGGGGGCCCGAGCGGGAGGCCAUCAUCAACCUGGCCACGCAGCCCAAGCGGCCCAUGUCCAUUCCCAUCAUCCCCGACAUCCCCAUCGUGGAUGCGCAGGGCGGGGAGGACUACGACAGCUACCUCAUGUACAGCGACGAGGUGCUGCGCUCCCCGGCCGGCAGCCAGCGGCCCAGUGUCUCCGACGACACCGAGCACCUGGUGAACGGCCGGAUGGACUUCGCCUUCCCGGGCAGCGCCAACUCCCUGCACAGGCUGGCCGCCACCGGCGCCUCCUACGGCGCCCACCUGAGCCCGCACCUGCCCCACCGCGUGCUGAGCGCCGCCUCCACCCUCACCAGGGACUACCACUCGCUGACGCGCACCGAGCACUCGGGCGCGGGCACGCUGCCCAGGGACUACUCCACCCUCACCUCCCUCUCCUCGCAGAGUUCCCGCUUGGCUGCCGGUCUGCCCAACACCCCCACCCGCCUGGUGUUCUCGGCCCUGGGGCCCACGUCCCUGAAAGUGAGCUGGCAGGAGCCGCAGUGCGAGCGGGUGCUGCAGGGCUACAGCGUGGAGUACCAGCUGCUCAACGGUGGUGAGCUGCGUCGGCUGAACAUCCCCCACCCCGGGCAGACGUCGGUGGUGGUGGAGGACCUCCUGCCCAACCACUCCUACGUGUUCCGCGUGCGGGCCCAGAGCCAGGACGGCUGGGGCCCGGAGCGCGAGGGCGUCAUCACCAUCGAGUCCCAGGUGCACCCCCAGAGCCCGCUGCUGCCCCUGCCAGGCUCCGCCUUCACCCUGAGCACGCCCAGCGCCCCCGGCCCGCUGGUGUUCACCGCCCUGAGCCCGGACUCGCUGCAGCUGAGCUGGGAGCGGCCGCGCCGGCCGGACGGAGACAUCCUGGGCUACAUGGUCACGUGCGAGCGGGCCCACGGAGGAGAGCCAGGCCUCAGCUUCCAGGUGGACGGCGACUGCGCGGAGAGCAGGCUGACGGUGCCCGGCCUCCGGGAGAACGUGCCCUACAAGUUCAAGGUGCAGGCCAGGACCAGCCAGGGCUUCGGGCCAGAGCGUGAGGGCGUCAUCACCAUCGAGUCCCAGGCUGGAGGCCCCUUCCCUCAGCUGGGGGCCCUCUCGGGGCUCUGCCAGCACCCGCUGCCCGGCGAGUACAGCAGCGUCACCACCACCCACACCAGCUCCGCCGAGCCCUUCCUGCUGGACGGCCUGGCCCUGGGGCCCCGGGGCCUGGAGGCCGGGGGCUCCCUCACCCGGCACGUGACCCAGGAGUUUGUGAGCCAGACACUGACCACCAGCGGGACCCUCAGCAGCCAGGCGGACCGGCCGUUCUUCCAGACCUGA